AUGCGUCUCUCCCUCGUCCUCCUAGCGCUCUCCACCCUCGCAGCGGCCGGACCGCUCCCACCCUUCUCGACAGCUGCCCUAGAAGCCCGCGCUCCUCCCUUUACGCCAGCUAAUAAUACCCUGGGUUCCGAUCCAGUCGCGGCCUUGACCAAAUUGAAGGCGGUCUAUGACAGUGUCAAUGAACCCAAACCUAGUGGUUCCUCAAUAGCCAAGCGCGGUUUUUGGAAGUGGCUCAAGGAUGCAAUUGAAUCUCCUGGUCUGAAGAUUAGAUCUCCCGUCUCCAACUCUACAUCCUAUGACGAAGCACUCGGUCCUGAUCUCAUUGCGACCUUGACUGAUUUGAAAGCUGUCUACGAUAGCCUCGAUGUGAAACGCACGGAGAGCGGCAUCAAAGCCAAGCGCGACUUUUGGAAGUGGCUCAAGGAUGCAUUCGAAUCCCCCGGUCUGAAGAUCAGAUCUCCCGUCUUCAACUCCACAUCUUUUGAAGAAGCACUCGGUCCUGAUCUCGCGGCGACCUUGACUGAUUUGAAGGCUGUCUACGAAGGUCUCAAUGUAAAACGCACGGAGGGUGGCUUCAAAGCCAAGCGCGGUUUCUGGAAAUGGCUCAAGGAGACGAUCGAAUCUCCUGGCCUGGAGGCCAGAUCAUACAGCGGCUGCUCUCUCAUCGACAGCAACUCAGACGAUGCCUCCGAAACCGAGCGCGCUCCUAUGGGUGGCGCCGGGUCUAAAGGCCCGAUAUUCCCAUGA